CUCGGCGGCUGUUUCUCUGCCGCCGGUGUGCCUACGCGAAGAGCUCUGCGCCGCCGAUCAAGAGUCGCUGGGGCGACGCCGACGACGAGGCAUACCAUGCGGCCGCCCGGGCUGCCGCUGCGGCCCAGCUGCUCGUAGCAGGCACAGCACUUCUCCGUAGUCAUGAGUGUGGGAACCCAGGCGCUGCCACCGCUCUGCCGCCAUGCAGUUGUGGAUAUGUCUGCCCACCAGGUCCGGGGGCUGUGAGGACGGCCCUUGCGACGCUGUUGCAGAAAAGAGCAGCUUGAUCGGGCGAACAGCAUGGAGCAGCCUCCCAUGCUGUCUUCUCCAGCCGGGGAUGAGCCGUGUAAGCAGCUGCAGGACGAGAUGCAGCAGGCGCCACCACCGGUCCCAACUGUCCAGCAGCAGCGGCGGCCGUCCUCGCAGCCGUCAAAUGGCCAGGCGAACGGCAAUGGCGACAUGUGUCGCAUCUGUCAUUGUGAGGCGGAUGCAGAGAACCCACUCAUCUCGCCUUGCUACUGCUCAGGCAGCCUACGCUACGUGCACCAGGCUUGCCUUCAGCAGUGGAUCAAGUCGUCAGACACCCGGUGCUGCGAGCUGUGCAAGUUCGACUUCAUCAUGCACACAAAGAUUAAGCCUUUCCGAAAGUGGGAAAAGCUGGAGAUGUCUUCGGUGGAGCAGCGCAAGGUGCUGUGCUCCAUCACAUUCCACGUUGUGGCCAUCACAUGCGUGGUAUGGUCACUGUACGUGCUCAUCGACCGGACAGCAGAGGAAAUGCGCGAGGGCAACCUGGACUGGCCCUUCUGGACCAAGCUCAUCGUGGUCGCCAUCGGCUUCACCGGAGGCCUCGUCUUCAUGUACGUUCAGUGCAAGAUGUACGUGCAGCUAUUUCGCCGCUGGAGGGCCUUCAACAGGGUCAUCUACGUCCAAGACGCACCCGUGCCGGACAAGGGUGCUGCGCUGCCUACGGCCGCCGACCUGUCACCGCCAGUCACGGUCCAGGGCACAACUUCCUCGAAGCGACCGCCGCCCGCCAAUGCCUGUGCGCCUCUUCACGACGGCCCCACCGAGAUCACCGUGGCCAAGGACUCCAGCCCUGACACUCCCGGGCCUGACGAGCCUCGCGCCGCUAGUUGAGCGCUGCUCGCCGAUGGUCUCCUUGUGAUAAACUCUGGCGCUCCGUGUACAUAGUAGUGUGCGUGUGUGUGUGUGUAUACAUAUAGGUAACGGCGGUGUCCCUACCGCCCGGGACAAACAACAGGACCUGACGUGGUCCACGAGCGGUGCAGCUGCUUCUGCGUAUUUGUCUCGGUGCUCAUUCAGAUGACUUCGUGGACGCUGUUGAGGCCGGGAGCUUGUAAUUUUUGGUUUGUUUCAGUCAUGUGCACUCUUUGUUUUUGUUGUAGAUGAUUGUUCGCUUCUCUCUGACGCUGGUGUUAAGUACCUCUCUGAUUAGGUAUUGAAUUUCAUCCCCUUUUCAGAGAACUUCUGCAUUUGUCCCAUUUCCGUGUCAGCUAGUCUUGGACCAUACUUCGCCGCAGAUGUUCUCAGCCGCAUCGAAAAACAAUGGGCUAGGAAAACAAAAAAAGCCUUGUUUUGCGAUUGAUAUUUGUUUUUGUGGGGUGAAUCGUCUGCGCUAAGGCAACGUGUGAGCCAUAGCUGGUGCUUUCAACAACUAUGGAUACGUACAAGCUUGCUUAGCUACAGGCAUAUAUUUGGUCUGGUUGUUCACCUUUUGGCAAGUCUCUAGCGAAAACAACACUACUUCAUAGUUUUUUUAUUAGAUGUUUACUUGUUACCUCAUUCUAGUUGCCUGACUGCAUUAGAUACCAAAGGUGUUGAAACUAACAUAAAAGCUGUUUGAAGCCCACUUCCACAGACAAACGCUUUUUUUAGUGUAGAGACAUUUCUACCGUACUUGGUAUUAUUGUCACUUAUUUACUUCUCGAGUCAUUGCAAAUAUCUGUGGAUAGAAGUACCAUGAGCCUUCUCAUGCUAUUUGAAUUAGUACAGUUCAAUGGGGUUAUCAUCACAUUUGUUGAGUCUGCGAGCUUUUUCUUCUUAUUGUACACGCUCAAUGUGUUCAUGAAGCUGGGAAAAAAGUUUUUUUCUCUUUAUCUCUUUCUUUGGCAUGGCUGCCACUGUGAUCUGCAUGCAACAUUUUUGUUAUAUUUUCUUUUGUACGAGCUCUUCAGAUAGCUUUUUCUUCGUUUAGAAUAACGGGCACCAUAUACAUAAGCCAGGAAUCAAACUGCAAAGCACCCGUACUUGGCGUGAAGACAAGCGGCAAGGGUGCCGAGUGCUGUUGGAAAGCAUAGGGCUUUUCCUCCUCCCACCCAUUUUAGUGCGCCUAAUAUUUGUAAUAAGUGUUCAGAUCUCGGUUCCUGCUCGCUUCGACAACGCCUGAUCUCCGUUCCAGUCACCGCAAAGUUCUCCACUCAUUUUCUAAAAGCGUGUUUCGACCUUUACAGAGCAGCUCAGUGUGAGAGAGUGCCACCAUCUCAUAAUGCAAUCAGAGGCAUAUGCCUCAUAAUCACUUCACAAGGGCCAAUUUCUUCUAUAGCUUAUUUUCUAUAAUAUCUUAAGGUAUAUGUAAAUCUGAGCUUUUAAAUAAAAAAGGGGGUAGUUGAAAGUGCGCAGGAAAAGAACGUCGUGUCCGAACUAGUCGGUUGUGCCUCUCGUUAACCUGGAAUCAACCGAACAGGCGUUUACGCAGCCUUGUGGCGUGUCCUGCCCUUGUUUUCUGCGCACUUUCGGUCUGUUUUCAAGUUUUCAAGUGAGUGCACUGGCUUCCCGUCAUCUCAUCUGGCUGUUAAUAGUGUCAGGAAAUUCGCUCGCGCUUGUGUUAUCAUACAUUGUGUGCUUAGCAGUGCUAUGUGCUGCAAGAGCUAUUAAGAGGAUAGUCUUAUGUCUAGAGGUUGACUAAACCCCCCUCCUCUCUAGUAGGAGGUGUACAAGAGAUGCUAAAACAUUAGACUGGAGUGGUAGACACGCCGCAGGUGUAGGCGGAGCGUGAUUUCCAAAUAGUGGUUCUAAUAUUAGUGCACAGUGAGUAGAUUUUUUCCCCUUUUUGCACCAAACGACUGAAGAUGAACUGCGGCGUCCCACUGGUGCAGAGUGGAAACGUACAAAUAUGUGGGCUCGCAAAGGUGCGGGUCCUAUUGUGCUACAUUGGUGCAGACCUUUUCAUGCCUCUAUUCUUGGGCUGGUUAUUGGCAAUCGAACAGCGUGGCUGACGUGCCAACAGUGCUUAACUCGAAUCUCAUCACUUUCCUGCAGCUUUGCCAGUUUGCGCGCGUGCAAGCUGAUACGAGCGACGUGUAAAGUGAGGACUGUAGUCGUCAGUUGCGGGUUCUAUCCUUUCGUUGCCAUUAUUUAUGGGUCUCACUGCACCUGUACCUGUGAACGCAGAAGGAAAACUUGCUGUGCAUCUUUUUUUUCUUCAAGUAACAAAAAAAAAAGACAUGCUGGCAAUGCCUCCUUUUGCAGUUUAUCCAGCGCAUUUCGUCAGAUUGGCAUUCAGUUGAUGGUUACUUUAGUUGGGCGUACGCCAUCGUGACUAAAAUACCAUUAACGCAGUUGCGCAAUUGGAAUUUUGAUGUAUUUACUUUCCGUAAUUUGCAAGGUACCAGUGACAUUGUUACUGACAUCAGUAUUUAUCUCCUUGCUACAACACAGCUGCCUUUUUUUUUUUUCAUAUGUGCAGGCGAUAACGCAGACCUAUCACCAAUAGUAACAUCUAAGCAUUAGCGCUAUAAGACGCUUCACAAUGUAUAAACCUUAGUCAUGGAAUUUCCCAUUGCCAAUCAUACUACUAACUGUAUUUCUUGUUGCUGCUAACAUGAGUGAAAUUCAGCACAACGCUGUUUAUGGUUGCAGAGUAUAUAACUGUGCAGCAAGGUACGCAUUUUAAACUCAAUAAAUAGGAAGUUAAAGGCCGAAGUAUAUAGUUGCCAAAUAGUUACCGCGAAAACAAAUCUAAGCAACACAGACAGUUCCGUGCAUGCACGUCCAAGGCUGAGAAUAGGUGUCUUUUUGCGUAUAUGCAAGCGAUGUUCCAUGCAAGGUGAUACGCACCCUUACGAUUAUCUCAGUACAGGUUGCACAAGCUCUUAGGAAAUGAUUGAUCGCAGUCCGUUGUCUUUCACUCUCCGGUCUCCUGCUUGCGAAGCCAUGCAGUAAAAAAAGGGGGGCUCGAAAUUCCUCUCAACGACGGAGAAAAGGUGUCUGUCUAGAUGUGUAUGGCGCCUAAAUCAACGUGGGUGUGUUAAGUGCGUGCGUAGACAAGCAGUUUAUUUUUAUUUUACAUCAAAGGUAUGCGCCGUUCCCUCCACAUAAAGUGUCGCCCAGGAAACGGCAGAGAACGAUUCGUUUGACUUCUCCGUUCUGAACAGGUUAGCGAUAUAUCAAUAUCGCUACGUAAAAGUGUUUGGUCUAAGGCUACUCUGUAGUCGUGGCCUGUGAACUGACGUUCCACGGCGCAUCAUUACUCACAGCCAAGUGCAGCCGAAACGUUUAGCGGGGAAACAAGAACAGCGAUUCUGGAAGCCGUAUAUUGCGAAAUCAAAGAACAAGCAGGGUGUACAAAGCGUGUUUAACGUUUUAGGUAUUCGUGCGGCUUUAGCACACUGUAUACUCUUUAUUCGCAGACAGAAUAUUCGCAAGUACAUGCUGUUUCACCCGUAAAAGCGAAGCGCAUCGCAGUCAAAUCACCACGGAUGUCCUUAUCUGCCUGCCCUGGUCAGCUAAGCGCGAUACAUAGGGCACAAGUUGCGCUGCUCAGGGGACCGUGAGUAAGCCAGUUGUCGCGUUUCCUUUUAUUGUUGCGGCUCGAGCAUCUGAGAGGAAAAUAUAUUCUCGUUGGUGUCGUAUUUUUACACUGCUGUACACCACCACCUUCGUUUUAAUACAAGCAUAGGCGUCGCCACUCAACUUCACUCAGGCGUUCGUGCAUGCAGGGUGAAAGUGGUACACUGCAGUGUGAGAAGGCAACGUGCUUAACCCUUAUCUGUAUUACGCUUUUGUUUGCUUAUUCCCGCUCACAGUUCAUUUGUAAAACGCACUGAAUUUCGGCUUUUGAGCUGAACUUUUGGGCGCGAACCGUGUGCUUGUUUCACAUGAGCUUUUUGCACCUUUAGCAACGCUUUGGCGCUUCUUUUGCCGAUCCGUGCAGCUGGAUACGGAGAGCGCCUUCAACAAUGUACGGUGUGCCGGCUUUGGACAAUAGGCAUUGCUGUGCCGUGAACGGCCACUGCUUGAUAGUGUGUGUGCCGAAAAUUGUUCGUGCCAAAUGUGAGACGACUUUCCUGUUUGUGAGAGCGACCUGUCGGUAACUUUCUCCAGCGCUUGAGUGCGCCACGUGCGGCUGUUUCUUAAAGACUGGUGACGAGCUUGCGCUUUCAUUAAACAGGUAUACCCUCUAGAAAAGCUCGCUGAUUUACUGCACUUUGUUUUUCAUUUCUGUCUCUUUUUCUUUAGAUACAAGUGAACUUUUCAGCUGCUUCUGUGCAUGUGUACAUGUGGAAUGGACCCGCUGGGCAGUUACUGUAAAUAAAGAGCGUCAACGUUUCUUAUUACGCGACAUAAGAACGCGCACGGUACACACGCACGCCACAUAUUCACACACGCGCCGACCCGCGCGACAUGCAGCGAGCCUCACCGUCGAGGCGAGUUCACAGUGGCGAGCGGGCGAGAUCGCGCUACCGACUUCAAAGCGAUGGCUUCGGGUGGUUCGAAGACUCAGUCGCCCACUCGCUGCUCGAUUUUUUCGUUAUGCGACUGGAAUCGUAAGGCUGCUGAGUCAGCAUGCACUCGAUGGCACAGGACGUCGGCUUAUGUCCUAGGGACAAUUACUCCAUUAUAUGCUGCGAGCGGAUGCACUUGGUGCACUGCCACAACCACGUUCUUUCUUUCUGCAACACCGCUCGCUGCAAGUGAUGAGGCCUCUGGAGCAGAUCGCACUUGAUUGGCUAUAAUAUUGUUAUAAAAAUAUGUGAAGACAUCCCGAGAAUAAAGAAGAGAAAAGCAGCGCAAAGCAAGCGCAGGUGUUGCAGCUGGCGCGUUUAAGUCUGGCUUAAUAUUGUGCUGCAUUGCAAAAAUUUCUCGUAGACUAAAGUGCGCAAAAACAGAGUCUGUAUACAGACUCCCUGAUUGCGCCUCUUGUUUACAAACAAUUUCUACAGUGAAAGCUGUGUAUAUUAGUAGCCUUUAAUUCGUUACAUUUUCGUGCGCCUUAUUCAGAAGGACGAAAACCCUUUUGGUGGGAAAACAGACAGGAAAAUGGGGAAUAAAUGUUGCUUAAGGCCACGCUUGCCGGUGAGAACUUUGGUCGCCGCAAACGGUGGUACAUAUGAGCGAUUAGGAGAGAAAAAUUAUUGAUAGAGUUCAUUAUAAGGACUACAGAAAAAGAACACAUCCAAAAACUUUAACCUGGGGUCGCUAUUUGCUCGCCAGCGUGAAUACACCUUUAGGCAGCACCCGUACUUCAAAAAUGACGCGCUGUUCACGUUUCGCGAGUUUCGCAUCUCUUGGCCACGGGAGUGGGCGCGCAGUCUACACCUCUGGCCGCCUCGCUGCUUUAUUUCGGUUGCUGUGAUUUUCGCCGAUCAACCACGUGUGUUUCCUGCUAUUUCCUUCUUCUGUUUCAGCUUUACAGCUGCACUAUGCCCAAAUAUGCCUAUUUAUUUGCCAGUGUUUCUAGCUUCAUCCGUUGACCGUACACUAAAAGGAGCAGACUUGAGACGUGCGCAAGUGCCAUUCCUCACAUGCUGGUCGCUUCCAGGAAUGAAAGCAAAUUUCUGGACAUUUGUUAUUGUUGGCUCCGUUUUGAAAAAACAAAGCGAACAAGUGCCUUUUUGGUUCGUUUUUGGACUGUUGUUAUGUUUCUGGAGUGGCAAACACGUUGCACACCUGUACGCAAACACAAAUACACAGCUGUGUUGAGCGCGUUCGGCUCGGAACACUCGUUUGAAGAAUAGAUUCAAAUUAAAUUCAGUUCUAAAGCCUGA